UUUUCAGGCUGAGUAAAUUUUACUAAUACGGCCUAAUAAAAUAACGGACUAAUUAGUAAUAGAAUAAAAUAUUUGCUUUCUGCAAUCUUUCUCGCUUACAACUGGUUGGGGAAAAAGUAAAUAGAUGAAAGGCAUGGUGGAAGCGACCUGGCGCUAUUCCGUAUUUAUUUUCAUCCAACGACUGUAGAUCAAAUUUGCUCAGCUCCGAAGUGGGAAGAGCGUUAUUUUUUUUCAGGCUCCAGCUCGCACGCGGUGCCGGGAGCUCAAGCUGCGUGUUUGUUCUCUCUUACUUUCAUCACAAGCCAUAAAAAUCCCCAGCAGGAACCGCGCUGGCAAACUUGUCGCUAAUUUGCAAAGCAGAAUGGACCGGGCUCGCUGCGCAUCUCUGCCGGGCGAGCGGCUGCACAAAACCACUCUGCUCUCGCUGGUGGCAGGAGGAGCCUUUGUGGAGCAUAUGGAUGGCUCCAGUGCAAAUCAAAGUCAGAGCUGAGGCAGCUGCUGGGCAGCUCCGGCGCCCGCUGGCAGGGAAUUGCAUAAGAGGAUGUGGCUGGGGAUGGGUUUGGGGCGUUGCUGCGCCGAACAUGUGCAGGGCUGUGCUGGCCGUGGUGCUCCUCGGCCGGAGGAGGGAAGGAUGCGGUGCUAAAAACCCACAGGGAUUUGGGUCAGGCUCUGUUUGGGGACAACCACCCUCGCUCUUCCGUUUUGUGCUUCAUCUCCCUGCAGAACUUUCACCCUGGGACGCACUGCUGGAGGGGACGUUGGGCUGUAAGGACUAUGAGGACGUGAGGACAGCAUCCCUCUGAGCGCCGGGCGGUGAGCCCGCAGGGAAAGCCCUGCAGGAUGCCGAGGCUACGGGGCAGGUGCUGACACCAUGAAGGGCUACCAUGGGGAGCGUAGCCAAGCACAGCACUCCUCCGGCCACCGCUGCCGCUGCAUCCCAGAGGACUGCGAGCAUCCCGCUGACUACAUCCCCCACGGCCCCGACGGCCACCCGCCUUACCUCCUCAGCCCCAGCGAGCCGUGUUCCUUGGAGCAUCCUUUCUGCCCGGUGCGGAGCCCCGGCACGGCCGGCGAGUGCGGUCCCCUGAGCGAUCCGCCCUCCGGCAGCGCCAGCAGCACCUUCCCGAGGAUGCACCACGCGCAGCAGCAUCAGCCCUACGACUCCUGCGACGAAUGCAUGGCGACCGCCCACCCCUCCAGCAAGAUCAACCGCCUGCCCCCAACGCUGCUGGACCAGUUCGAGAAGCAGCUGCCGCUGCACCACGACGGCUUCCACACUCUGCAGUACCCGCGGGCCGGCGGCGCCGAGCCGCGCAGCGAGAGCCCCAGCCGCAUCCGCCACCUCGUCCACUCCGUGCAGAAGCUCUUUGCCAAGUCGCACUCCCUGGAGGCGCCCGCCAAGCGGGAUUACAACGGCACCAAGAUGGACGGCCGCGGGGACGGCUACCACCACCACCACCACCAUCACCACCACCACCACCACCAGUCCCGCCACGGCAAGCGUAGCAAGAGCAAGGAUCGCAAGGUGGAUUCCCGGCACCGGUCCAAGAUGAUGGGCUGGUGGAGCUCCGACGACAACCUGGACAGCGACAGCAGCUACAUGGUGUCUGGCCGGCACGCCGUGGACCAGGGCACCCAGUACUGCGUGGACGCUCCCGAAAGUGCCUUCAGAGACUUGACCUUGAAGAGUCUAAAGAGCGGCGGGGAAGGGAAAUGCCUGGCGUGUGCUGGGAUGUCCAUGUCUCUGGAUGGACAGACGGUCAAGAGGAGCGCCUGGCACACCAUGACCGUCAGCCAAGCCCGCGAAGCCUACCCCAGCGCCAGCGGCACGGAGAAAACCUUGAUGCUUCAGGAGACAAAGGCCAAAGACAGAGCCUACCAGUACCUGCAGGUGCCGCAGGACGAGUGGAGUGGGUACCCGGCGGUGGGCAAGGACGGGGAGAUCCCCUGCCGGAGGAUGCGUAGUGGCAGCUACAUCAAGGCCAUGGGCGACGAGGACAGCGCCGAUUCAGAUGCCAGCGCCAAAGUGUCGCCCCGGGCGGCCACACGGAGAGACAGCUACCGCCGCUCCUCCAGCGCCGACCAGGCCAGGAGCAAGUUUGCAAGUAGGCACUAUUCUGAUUCAUAUAUCUGUAACUGUCCCAGCUGCGGUGUGCCACCUCGAAUGCUCCCUCGGGGGCAGGGCUACGGGCGCUCCUUCACCACUGGCCAGAUCAAUGAUGAGCUCAACCACCAAUUUGAGGCUGUGUGUGAGUCUGUUUUUGGUGAGGUGGAGUCGCAAGCUGUGGAGGCUCUGGACCUGCCUGGCUGCUUCCGCAUGCGGAGCCACAGCUACCUGCGGGCCAUCCAGGCGGGCUGCUCCCAGGACGACGACUGCCUCUCGCUCUUCUCCAUGUCAGCCCCCGCCGGGCCGCCCAUCACCAGCAGCAUCCUGAAGCCCGGCACCUCCUUCAGUUACAGAAAAGCUCCACCUCCCAUCCCUCCAGGAACCAAAGCCAAGCCCCUCAUCUCCGUCACCGCGCAGAGCAGCACCGAGUCUGCUCACGAGAGCUACCUGCCCAGCGAGGUCACCCGUGGCCCCGCCUGGUCCAAAGAUGCCGCGGCCCGCUGCAAUUCAGCAGAGAGCCUGGAGAGCUCCAAGGUGACGGCCGUGUCCCUUGAACUGCCACCGGUGCAGCCCCGCACUGCCCCCAAGCCCUCCACGCUCAUCAUCAAGGCCAUCCCCGGGCGGGAGGAGCUGCGGAGCUUGGCUCGGCAGAGGAAGUGGCGGCCGUCCAUUGGUGUCCAGGUUGAAGCUGUCUCUGAUUCGGACACAGAGAGCCGGAGCCAGAGGGAGUUCCACUCCAUUGGGGUGCAGGUGGAGGAAGACAAAAGGCGUGCCCGCUUCAAGCGCUCCAACAGCGUGACGGCGGGUGUGCAGGCGGACCUGGAGCUGGAGGGCUUCGCCGGGCUGGCCGUGGCCACUGAGGACAAAGCUCUGCAGUUUGGCCGCCCCUUCCAGCGGCACUCCUCGGAGCCCGAGUCCGGCCGGCAGUACGCAGUGUACAAAACGGUGCACACGCAGGGCCAGUGGGCGUACCGGGAGGACUACCAGAUGCAGUACGAUGCAGUGGAGGUGCCACGCCGUGAUGCGUGGGUGGAGCGGGGCUCCCGCAGCCUGCCUGACUCCGGCCGUGCCUCCCCCUGCCACCGCGAUGGGGAAUGGUUCAUCAAACUGCUGCAGGCUGAGGUGGAGAAGAUGGAGGGCUGGUGCCAGCAGAUGGAGCGGGAGGCUGAGGACUACGACCUGCCGGAGGAGAUCCUGGAGAAGAUCCGGAGCGCCGUGGGCAGUGCUCAGCUCCUCAUGUCCCAGAAGGUGCAGCAGUUUUACCGACUCUGCCAGCAGAACAUGGAUCCCAACGCAUUCCCAGUGCCCACCUUCCAAGACCUGGCCGGCUUCUGGGACCUGCUGCAGCUCUCCAUUGAGGAUGUCAGCAUGAAGUUUGCAGAGCUCCAGCAGCUCAAGGCCAACGGGUGGAAGAUCAUUGAGCCCAAGGAGGAGAAGAAGGUGCCUCCCCCGAUACCAAAGAAGCCGCCGCGCUCCAAGGUGCACCCGGUGAAGGAGCGCUCCCUGGACUCGGUGGACCGGCAGCGGCAGGAGGCACGCAAGCGGCUCCUGGCAGCCAAACGCGCCGCCUCCUUCCGCCAGAACUCGGCCACUGAGAGCGCAGACAGCAUUGAGAUCUACAUCCCCGAGGCGCAGACCCGGCUGUGACCGCGGCCUCGGCUUUUCUACCCGGACUGGACGGCGCGUCCAUCGCUCACUGUGAUCAGGGGCCGUGGGGACACCCUGGGGGCAGCGCUUGGCCCGCUCACAGCUUCUCUCUUUUCUAUCGUAGACGUUUCAUGGAUCCGACGGUGAAUGAGCACCAACCUGGUUCUGCCCCAUCCCGCUGCCCCCUGCUCGCAUGCCCCUGCCCGUCUCUCCCAGGGUCCAGGGCUCUUCCUUCCCCCUGCCCUCUUUGGGGCCGUGUCUCAGCUCUUCUAUCCUUGACCCCCCCUUGGUCCCUAUCCCAUCCAAAGGAGAGGUGACCCCAGCCCCCGGCCCUGCCGGGUGGGAGGGGAUGGGGCCGCAGGCAGGCCCCCCCACUUCUCUGUAACUCAGUGCAAUCCCAUGGCUGCGGGGACGAACCCCCGAGCCCCCAUGCCCAGCUGGAGCCCCGCUCCGCUCCCUGCCUCCUGCCCCGGUGCUGUGGGGAACCCAGGAGUCCUCAACCUAUAUCCAUAUAUAAAUAUUACCUAAGGAAUAAAACAGAAACUACACAUGACCAGAGCUGUGUUCUGGAGGGCGGGUUGGACCAGAGCAGCAGGUCCCCUGGCCCCAGUGAGCUGAACCUGCAUCUCUCACACUGAGCAGCAGCACUGUGCUCUCCAAGCCCUUCCUGCCAUUUUCCCAGUCAGUUGCAUGGGAACACCAUGGGGACAGGGCAGUCGGUUCCCUUGCAUCUUGCAGCCCGGGCACAGGUGUGUGAGCAAGGCAGCAGUGCUGGGGAGACCUUCCUAUGCUUAUGCAGGAUCUUAGUGCAGGGACAGAGCAGGUAUGGUGCUGCUGGCCGGGGCUAGGCCUCGGUGUCCCCUGCACAUGGGGACCGGGCUGUAGGUGUGGGGCAGGAGCUUCUCCCUGAGUGUGGGGCUGCUGGAAAUCCCUCGCAGGGUUUGACUUCUCCCUGAGCUGCCAGUGCCCUGCAAGGAUGGGACACCACGGAUGGGGUUGUUGAGCCCUCGGUGCCCCAUGGGGACAGGGGGCAGCUUGGGAUGCAGCAUUUAUGCUACAGGAAUUCCUUGAAGCCACGAAUUCCUUGACGGCAGCUUCCAUAGGGGAUCUGGAGAUGAGGCUGCAUCCAUCCCAUCCCCAUUCCGAGCACAGCCCAUACAGGGCAGGUGCACAGCACAUCUGUGCUGCUGGCCCUCAGUGAGGGGCUGCCAUGGGGAGCAGCCCCAGCUGCCUGCCCCCACCACCCCCAUGCCCAGGGGUGCCUGCACUGUGACCCUUCCAAGGGCUGCCAUCCUCAAGUCCCCUUCUUCCCAUGGGUGGGUGGCAGGGGGAGUGGAUGUCGGUGCCUCAAGUUCCUAUACGUGCCAGGCACCUCCCCAAACCCACAACCACCUCUUCAGGAUUUGGGAGCGGGGGGCUUCAGCUUGUGUCCCCUCACAGUGGAGGCUUGGGAGGGUCUCAAGAGCAGGGCAAUGAUGCUGGGGGGGCUUUGUGCCCUGGUGAGAAGCGGCGCUAAAGGUCCAGGUGUCACUUCUUUGUGGGGCAGUAGGAAUCAGGCAUUGUGAAGGAUGAUGGAGGGAGGGCAUGGGGAUGGAGCUCCCAGCCCCAAUCACACCACAGCCCAGUCCUGCCACCACCACACCGUAGCUUUAGAGCUGUGCCUGCACAGGGACACCCUGAACUCCCUCGAGACCUCCGGCCCUUCCAGCACUGUACAGUGACCGUGACACGUGGCUCCGUUUUUAUUGUAACAAACCUCCAGAAUUAAUAAAAAGACCACUUUGGUUACUCCGGGGCAGCGGCCACCUCCCCAUGGGGACACGGCUGGCACCCGGCUCGCCUUUCCCUGC